CAAAUCUAAUGAUUAAUAGUCUUAAAAGCCAAACUGAAUUCGCUCAUACUGAUGAAGCUGGUUACUUCUUCACCAGAGACACAGAAGUGUUGUUCCCAGGAAGUGUCUUUGAAGGUGCAGCAUCGAACUGUAUCACACAGGAUGCACUCACUAAAGAUUUCAGUCUAUUUGAUUCUGAAGAAAGGCAGGCUUGAUUUUCCACUACAAAGCACCCAGAGCCGCCAAUUUCAACGAAGGCAUCUGUGGGUGGAGAUGAUCUUCAUGAUCACAAAGCUGGAAAGCUAGAAGCUGAUUGCAACAUUUUAUGUAUAUCUAAAAUAGGCGAAGAUCCUCAGAGAAAUGAAUUUAAAUCAGCCCAAAAUUCUGAAGAGAAUAAGGAGGACAUAAGUUGCCACCAAGUCAAUGCUCAGUAUGCCUCUGGUUCUAGUUGCUCUUCUCGUAGAAGAACUAAGGCAUCCUCCUCAGGAAGAAGCGAUGUUGAGUUCAAGGCAGCUCUGAGACUUAUCAAAAGAUUCUUUAAAAAUGUCUUCAAGUCUAAGAAUACUAAAAUUGUUAGAAAAAGGUAUAUUAACUGAGGUAUGCAAGAAGUCCAAUCCCAGAUGAAAACACUACUUUGUGAGUUCUUUCCCCAAGAAGAACUCACAGAAGAGCUUGUGAACUACACCAUUGGUGUUGUUAAUCCCAAGUGGGGAUUAAGACUUGAUUGAAGUAAAGAAACUCAAGAUGAAAUUUCCAAGUUCCAUACAUGUUGUGAGGCAUUUUCAAGGAAGAAAUUCAGCGCUCUUCUCGAAUCUCGAAACUUCAGAGUUCUGUGUAGUCAUCUGAUCCAGAAAUGGGAUGAUCCCCGCAUUAGAGUCAUCAAGCAAGAGUUUGAGCAAAGUUCAGCUUAAUAGAGGAAGAACAGGAAGCAUUCACUAAUCUAAUUUUAAUAAACUUUAC